AUGGCUCUCGCCGCCUACCGUCAACUACUUCGAGCUGCCCGUGUCGCCUUCGAAGGCGAGUCUCUAGCUCCAGGCUUUGAGCCACACCCUGGCGCCCAGGCAAUCCUCGCUAACCUUGUUCUCUGCACAGGCGAUACUCGGGUACUCACGGCCGCACGGCAGCAGAUUCGACAGGGCUUCCGGGACAAGGCUGCGCUGUCCCCUUCCGACCCUGGCGCCGAGGCUGCCGUCAAGGAGGCCGAGGAACUGGCAACGUUCCUGCGGACCAAUGUCGUCCAGGGACGAAAGGGAGAACACGAGGAUACAUACCGGCUACGGAUACAUAAAGAUACCGAGCGCGGCGACAACGACACCAUCAAAGUGGGCAACAAAACGGUCAAGAUCGACGGAAAGACGUGCAAAGACAUGUAA